AGAGAAAAGCAAAGCAAAAGGAGUGGCUUAUUUGCAUUCAUCGAAGCUUUGAAAACCCCGCCUUCUUCUUCCUCCUCCUCAUCUCCAUAUCUCAACUUGCAUCGUCUUUCGUAUUUUUCACUUUAUUCAGUGGUGGGUGCACCCACUAAUCCACCAUAAAACCCAUCCAUCUUCGCAGCUAAAAUCACUGUAGAAAGAGGCAGAAAUGGCGAGCAGCAGCAUCUCCCUGGAAGAUGUACCUUCGUUGGACAUGAUGAGUGAACUCCUUCGCCGACUCAAGUGCUCAUCCAAGUCCGAUAAGCGCCUCAUCCUCAUUGGUCCACCUGGAUCUGGAAAAGGUACCCAAUCCCCCAUCAUCAAGGAUGAAUACUGCCUAUGCCACUUGGCAACAGGUGAUAUGUUGAGAGCAGCUGUUGCAGCUAAAACCCCACUCGGGAUUAAAGCCAAGGAAACCAUGGAGAAGGGAGAACUUGUUUCUGAUGACUUGGUGGUUGGGAUCAUUGAUGAAGCAAUGAAGAAACCAUCCUGCCAAAAAGGAUUCAUUCUUGAUGGGUUUCCUAGGACAGUUGCUCAAGCUGAAAAGCUUGAUGAAAUGCUUCAAAAGCAAGGAAGCAAGAUUGAUAAAGUGCUUGAUUUUGCAAUUGAUGACUCCAUCUUGGAGGAGAGAAUCACUGGGCGUUGGAUCCAUGCUUCAAGUGGUAGGACAUACCACACAAAGUUUGCACCUCCCAAGACUCCUGGUGUUGAUGAUGUUACAGGGGAGCCUUUAAUGCAAAGAAAGGAUGAUACUGCACAAGUUCUGAAAUCGAGGCUGGAGGCUUUUCACAGACAAACAGAGCCUGUUAUAGAGUAUUACAACAAGAAGGGUGUGGUUGCAAAGCUUCCUGCAGAGAAGCCCCCGAAGGAGGUGACUGUUGAGGUUCAGAAGGUUUUGUCGUCUUAAUGGAUUAAGAUGCCUGCUUUUUUU